AUGAUCUCAUUGGCAAUACCACUCUACAAGCCGAAUACGUUAACAAGUAGCGAAUUUUUGAGAGAAAAUUCAGUGAUUCCAGACAUGAAAGUUAUUGAAUUUCCUGAGAAAAAGAAAAACUUGAUAUUCAUAGGCCUUGAAGCCUUUGAAACAAUGUACUUUUCUAAAGAACAUGGCGGAGUUUUCGAUGUUCCUUUGGCUCCAAAUUUGGAGAGAAUUGCAUUCCAAAACAACUCAAUUUUCUUUUCCAAUCUCGAUGGAGACAAAGUUGGCGGCGUGAAUGUUAUUCCGAGAACGAGGUUUACUACCGCAGCUUAUUUUGCAAUGCAAUGCGGCUAUGCUUUUCUUUCCGAUCCAACACCAACAGGAAAUGUGUAUUCCGAACAAUAUUUUCCUAAAUUCAAAUGCAUUGGAGACAUUUUAAAAGAAGCAAGAUACAACAUAACAGUUUCUUAUGGAACACAUCCUCAUGAUUUCGGAAUUGGAGACCUUUUCAAUAGCCACUCAUUGAUACAAGUUUGGUGGAGAAAUGACAUUGAUCCCAAUAAGAAAGGCAUUUAUGUUUUUGAUAGAAAAACAAUUCCUUUCUUUAAAAAUGUUUUGACAGAAAUGGGUCAAUCAAAAACUCCCUUUUUUGCUUCUGUUAUAACAACGGAUACUCAUGAACCUGGCUUUGUUUGUCCUGAUUGCCCUCCUGGAGAAAGUGAUUUGUUUUCCACAGUGAAAUGCUCUGAUAAAAGAAUCGCUGAUUUAUUGGAAUGGUGCAAGAAACAAAGUUGGUAUAACAAUACUGUUAUAGUAUUAUUCGGAGACCACAUUGUAAGAGGAAAUGGAAAUCCUGAAAUCGCAGAGAAGCAUCGCUUCUCAAGACGUCCUUUUAACUUGAUUAUUAACUCUGGUUUGGAGAAUAAGAAUAAUAGAAAGAGAGAGUUUACAAGUAUGGAUGUGUACCCAACAGUGAUUUCUGCAAUUGGAGCUAAAUUGAAAACUGAACAAUUGGGAAUGGGUGUAAAUUUAUUCAGUGGAGAACAAACUUUAGUCGAAAAGUUUGGUCUUGAGAAGUUUAUUAAGGAAUGUGAAGGCACAAGAAUUUUCUAUAACCAUGUUCUUCUUCGUAAAGAAGAUGAUAUUAGAGUUUUAGGUUUCUUAAAUGGAACAGUUCACGCUUAA